ACAUAAUCGCAAAAGUUUUGAAUUGUAAAAUUUUGAUUCAACCUACCUACUAAAAUUUUAAGAAAUUUACGAAAUGCUUUCAAGAAUGCUGCGAGCGACUAUGAAAUUGGGGGAGUGGAAGAAAUUGGCGGUGCUAAAUAUGAGGGGGAAAAGGAGGUAUUCGGAGCUGGUGCCUCCCAACCAGUACGACGUGCCCAUCCCGAACAGGCUGAAGCUGGGCUACGCGCUGAAGGUCCACUGGGAGAUUAUCCCGCUGUUCGUCACCACUUGCGCCGCCAUGAGCCUGUUGUUCGGCUCUAUUAUUUGGGCUUGCUGGCACAAGGUGGACGUAGUGUUCAGCACGCACAACCGCGACAACAUCUCGCGCACGAUGGACCUGCGCAACCCGUCCAUCCACAAGAUAGUGCUCAUCAACCAGCGCUACGAGCCGUGGCCGGAGAUGGCCGACCUCCUCGACAAGAUGCGCGUGGCUGAGAGGCGAGUGCUGGCGCGCGCGCAGUCUUGCAGCUUCGCAUAACACAACGGAACAAAAAUACUCAAACCAACAGAUCUUUGCAGUCGCCAGCUGUGAAGAUCUCAAAUUAAUUCGGAAUGAGGUUUAUGAAAACACGUGUGUAAGUUACUACUCCAAGUGAUGAUCUGGGACAGUGCAACGUGGUAAUUGCCAUGACUUGUAAGUCAUAAAAUGUGAACCAAAAUGAUUGUGUUGUCUCGUUCUACUUGUGCUUGUAAGUGAAGUAGCUGUAUUGACGAUUUUUUCAA